CUGAGAUGCCAAGGAACUUGCCCCUGAGCGAAGCUGAUUGUAAAAGCAUAAACAGGAUUUAAAUCGGGAUCUCAUUGGUGCCAGAAUCUGAGCUCUUAACUGUCUUCUAAAUUGUUUUCUGAGAGUAUCAUUCUUUUCAAAUCUGUGAGAGGGAAUCCCAAAGUCAGCCUUGGAGGCUAUUUGAAAGGUUUUAUCCAAACAUGGAUAUCAGACCAAAUCACACCAUUUAUAUCAACAAUAUGAAUGAUAAAAUUAAAAAGGAAGAGUUGAAGAGAUCCUUGUAUGCCCUGUUUUCUCAGUUUGGACACGUGGUAGAUAUUGUGGCUUUAAAGACCAUGAAGAUGAGGGGUCAGGCUUUUGUUAUAUUUAAGGAACUGGGCUCAUCCACAAAUGCUCUGAGACAGUUACAAGGAUUUCCAUUUUAUGGUAAACCAAUGCGAAUUCAAUAUGCGAAAACAGAUUCUGACAUAAUAUCUAAAAUGCGUGGCACUUUUGCUGACAAGGAAAAGAAAAAGGAAAAGAAGAAAGCUAAAACCAUGGAACAGGCUGCAGCAGCUGCAAACAAAAAGCCUGGCCAGGGAACACCAAAUUCAGCUAAUACUCAAGGAAACGCAGUGCCAAAUCCUCAGGUCCCCGAUUACCCUCCAAACUAUAUCCUGUUCCUUAAUAACUUACCAGAAGAGACAAAUGAGAUGAUGUUAUCUAUGCUGUUUAAUCAGUUCCCUGGUUUCAAGGAAGUUCGCCUGGUACCUGGGAGGCAUGACAUUGCAUUUGUAGAAUUUGAAAAUGAUGGACAGGCUGGAGCUGCCAGAGAUGCUUUGCAAGGGUUUAAGAUCACACCAUCCCAUGCCAUGAAGAUUACCUAUGCCAAGAAAUAACAUUUGGAAUAGCCAGUUUUAAAGGACUUGGUAUUAUUUAUAAUGUUCAUUUUGAUUACAUUCGGUCAAGUCAUUUUAAUGGUUGGAAGUGAAAAUGAAGUUUGGCAGAAAGAGUCACCUAAUUUUUUUUUUUUAGUUUUGGUGAACUGUGAAUUCUAAAGCCUUAAUUUUGUACAAUAAACCUUUAUUUGUAUUCUGUGUACUUACCACUGUUUACUGGUCUGAUGUUCAACCCUCAAAUGCUUAUUUUAGUAUAGAACGUAUCUGAAAGUGUGUAAAACUCCAAAAUGGAAGUCUGUAUUAUUUUGGAGCAGUGGAUGAUACAGAAGUUGAAGGGAGCAGAUUACAGAGCUAAUGAAGAGCAUGUUAAUGGUAAAAUGAUGAGUCUGCUGUUAGAAAACAUGCUGUUUGUCUCCUUCAGCCCAUGGAGCAUAGUAUUUUGCUGGAGUAGGGAUUCAUGCAGUAGUAAAUAGUGGGCAUUUGCUAACAGCUGCUUACUAUUUUCUAGAAAAAACAACAAGUAGGACUGCUCCCUUCAGUGGAACAUUUUACUUUUUUUCCUUCUUAAAGGAAGUUAAUAUCUAGUCUCAAUCCUGAGUGACUUUCAACAGUCCCAGGCUUGUUAGUGCAUGCCUAGGAUUCCAGCACUAUGGAGACAAAGGCAGGAAGAUCACUGCAAGUACAAGACUAGCUUUAGCUUUUCCUUGACACCCUGCCUCAAAAACACAAAUAAGUGAAUAAAAUGCUAGACCUCCAAAAGGGAAUCUCUAAUGUUUCCUAAAACAGCUAAUCUUCCUUCUUUGUGAUUUUGAGGGUGUGCACAGUUAGAUGUUGGGCAUGCAGUCUACCACUGAGCUUUCUGUCCCUGCCCAUUUUUUAGGGAUGUUUCUUUUGUUUCAGGACAGGGUAUUACGAUGUAGUCCGGGCUAAUGCCAAACUCAUCAUGUGGGAUGAUAGCAUGUGCCUCUAGUGCAAGCUUUUUGUAAUUGUUAAAUACUACAGAGUUCCAAAAGCUUCUUCUCUGGUUUUGUCUUAUAUUAUGACUUGAUUUCCUCCCACUGAUGAAACCAUCUUUAGAAGCUGACUUUAUUUUUCAAAUAUAACACAUAAUGAAAAAUA